AUGACCCAGAAUGAAUUGAACCUACGCCAAAGGAGAUGGCUGGAACUAUUGAAAGAUUAUGACCUGACCAUUGAGUGCCAACCAAGAAAAGAAAAUGUGGUGGUAGAUGCCUUGAGCAAGAAAACUAUGGCUACCUUGUUGUCGCUGCGAGCUAAAUUGACUUUGACCAAUAAUGGAGCAUUAUUGGAAAAGUUGGUAGUGAAAUCAACUCAUGUCUCUCAAAUUUUGGAAGAACAGAUGAAAGAUAUCAAAUGCAAAUGGUUCAAACAAAAUAUGCUCUCAGGCAAAAUAGUGCACUUCUAUAUUGGUAAAGAGGGCGAACUCAGAUUCAGAAAUCAAGUGUUUGUACCAAGACUUGAAGGAAUCUUACUGGUGGCCAAGAAUGAAGAAAGAGAUCUCAAAAUACAUUUCCACUUGCCUAACAUGUCAAAGUGUAAAGACAGAGCACCAAGUACCAUCGAGAAGACUGUAUCCUCUGGAAAUUCCCAAAUGGAAAUGACACAAAAUCACCAUGGACUUUGCAUCUGGAUUGCCCUUCAAUCCCUCCAAGAAGAACUCUGUAUGGGUGGUGGUAGAUAG